AUGGGGCAAGCCAGCAGGUCCGAAGACCUGAUACGCCAGUUCAUGACUCACCGUGGCGGCACGACCAGCCCGGUUGCACCCUUCAAUGGACAGCCCAAGAGUCUCAACUUGCGUGACCAAGCCAUGAAGAAAGCCUGCAAAGCGGGCUGCAUUGCUACCAUCGAUGCUGCCUUGGACCUCGGCAUCUCUGUGAGUGCUGUGCCGGUCGCUUCCUUCACAGUUAAGCGCGAUGUCAAACCCAGGCGUAGACAGCCGAAACCUGUUGCAAUUGUCGACAGAAACAGCGGCAGCAACACCAUCCUCAUCAUCAAAGCCCUCACGCUGCAGCUCGCAGCCAGGGGAGGACAUGUCGAGACAUUCUCGCACCUGGUCUCCCUCGGCGCGCGGCUCGACGAGCCGGGCACGUCGCUCGCAUCCAUCCAGUCCCUGAUCAAGCUCGUCACUCAGGGGCCGGAUGCGCCCGCCCUGCUACCCUUAUUCUUCGCCGGCGACCUUGCCCAUCAGCUCAGUCAGGAGAUGCGUACUGACAUGCUCAUCGGCCUGCUGAAGGGGUGUCGUCCCCCGCGCUCAUCAACAAACACCUUGUCACCUGAUGAGUAUGUUGACCUUGCCAGCACUCUGCUUGAUGCUGGUGCCAGCCCGAACGCUUUCCGCGGCAACACGUUCCGCACCACAUCACCACUCUCUGAAGCUGUGCACACGCUUUCUCCCGAUCUUGUUCGCCUUCUUCUUGACCGUGGCGCCUGUGCUGAUGGACCGCUCGAGGUGGAGCCGCCUCCCGCGCCAUGUAUACCUUUCCACAUCCCACUCUGCGCGCUUGCUCAUGCCUUGGCGACCUCGAUAACAAAUCCGCCUGUUCGGGCAGCUCUCAUGCAGAUAGCGGAGGUGCUGUUGGACCAUGGCGCCGACAUGAACAUUUGUGUGCCAUACCUCCAGCACGGUAGUUCGCGUGUCUCCUUCACCAGUCCUCUCCUCGUCUUCCUUGACGCGGUUGACUGCUGGGAAGGCUAUGAUAAACACAACAGCAGUAGCCCUCAUAUUUCUGACGUGCUCCAGUUCUUCUUGGACCAUGGUGCAAGCCCCAACGGGCGAGAGCACCCAGCCUAUAAUUCUAGGAACUCUCACAUCACGCAUGCAGCACUGCUGCACACCGGCCACUACCGUCUUGGACCGCCGCGGGAUGACUACAUCCAGGAGCUGCUAAGGGAAUGGGGCGUGGGCAGCUUGGUAUCCCCAAUCUUCGCGUCAGCGUUAACGCUGCUGGCGGGCCACUACGCCCCCAGAAAUGGGAUCUUCGGGAUUCGCGCGACGGCUAAAGCCCUGGCGAGGUACGACUACCGCACCACACCAGGGUCACUGUUAGGCGAGGACGAGGCUGUUCUUGCCGGCUGGAAGCGCGUCAUAACCUCCGUCGCCAGCUCGCUCACCCCAUAUGAGCUGAAUGAAUUUCUCUACACCUACGUCGUCCACAAGGCGACGUGCCCGGGUGCUAAUUGGAUUUUUUACUUAGACCGUCACGAAUCCGAGGAACAUCCGAUCGAGGACCUCGCCCGGGCGACGGUCGAAGCAUUGCUCGCUGUGGGCGCUGACAUCAACUACCGCCACCGGAAAGUAGUCCCAGAAACCCAACAGCAGCUACGAGAAGAGAAACGAGGGGGGUCAGGAGACAGCAAUCCAACGGCACUGCACACGCUCUGCCUCUGGCUGGCUGGUAGGGCGGAUGAGAAGCUCGAGUGGCCAACCGGUGGCUGGGAGCCUAAAUGCGCCGGUUUCAGACACACAGCACCGCGCGUGGCUUUCAUCCGGUUCCUGGUUAAUAAGUGUGGUGCUGACCCCCUCACUACGUACCAAGGCCGGACCCCGGCUGAGAUUCUGGUGCAGCUGAGGCGACCGGAACUUGAUGCUGAGGAAGAGGGAAGGCUGAAAUUCCUGGAUCAGUAUGACCCUUCUGUGGUCAAGGGGGCGCGGCUAGAUUCCGCCAUCGGUUCGAGGAUUGAUUCACGCUUCCCCCCUGGGGGCAUGACAUCGGUUACACAACUUUUCGCCCGUCAAAACGGCCUCGAUUGUGGCAUCAAUUACGGACCGGUCAAACCAAUUCCAGUCUGCCUCAUCACGGGCCUCGACCUGUCCGUCAGCGGAAUCGCCUGGGACUUUCAGUCAGGAAAUGCGAAGAGGGACGAUACUAUGAUAACCUGCAACAAGAGCGUCACGGGCGAUCCGGCCUACAAGGAGGGCGACACGAUUUAUGUGAUCUCGAAGAAGAAGAUGGCCAGUGCGAGGCUGAACGUGCCAGAAGACGAGGCUCAGCGCGCGGCCUUUUUCAAGGCUCACGCCGACAGUGUCCUGAAGGACGACGAACCGAACACUUCAGUUGUGCAUGUCAAGCCGACCGGUGACAGUGAGCCAGCGGGAGAACAGAGCAAGUAG